CCGCCGCCGCCGCCGCCGCCGGAGCCCGCGCCCGCGCCCGGCCCGCGCGGCCCCAUGCCUCUGGCGCGGCCCUCGGGGGGGCGAAGGUGAAGACCGGCUCCUAGGAUGAGUGAAGGCGCGGCCGCUGCCUCGCCACCUGGAGCCGCUUCGGCAGCCGCCGCCUCGGCCGAGGAGGGCACCGCGGCGGCUGCGGCGGCGGCGGCGGCGGCGGGCGGGGGCCCGGACGGCGGCGGCGGCGGCGGCGGCGAAGGGGCGGCCGAGCCCCCCCGGGAGUUACGCUGUAGCGACUGCAUCGUGUGGAACCGGCAGCAGACGUGGCUGUGCGUGGUGCCUCUGUUCAUCGGCUUCAUCGGCCUGGGGCUCAGCCUCAUGCUCCUCAAAUGGAUCGUGGUGGGCUCCGUCAAGGAAUACGUGCCCACCGACCUGGUGGACUCCAAGGGGAUGGGCCAGGACCCCUUCUUCCUCUCCAAGCCCAGCUCCUUCCCCAAGGCUAUGGAGACCACCACCACCACCACCACCACUUCCACCACGUCCCCUGCCACCCCUUCGGCCGGCGGCGCUGCCUCCUCCAGGACGCCUAACCGGAUAAGCACCCGCCUGACCACCAUCACGCGGGCGCCCACUCGCUUCCCGGGGCACCGGGUGCCCAUUCGGGCCAGCCCGCGCUCCACCACGGCGCGGAACACUGCGGCCCCCCCGACGGUUCUGUCCACCACGGCCCCUUUCUUCAGUAGCAGCACGCCGGGCUCCCGACCCCCAGGGCCUGGGACCCCCAGUACCGAGGCCAUGCCCUCCUGGCCCACUGCGGCAUAUGCUACCUCCUCCUACCUUCACGAUUCUACUCCCUCUUGGACCCUAUCACCCUUCCAGGAUGCUGCCUCCUCUGCUUCCUCCUCUUCCACCACCACCACCACCACUCCAGAAACUAGCACCAGCCCCAAAUUUCAUACCACAACUUAUUCCACUGAGCGGUCUGAACACUUCAAACCCUGCCGAGACAAGGACCUUGCUUACUGUCUCAAUGAUGGCGAGUGCUUUGUGAUUGAAACCCUGACUGGAUCCCACAAACACUGCCGGUGCAAAGAAGGCUACCAAGGAGUCCGCUGUGAUCAGUUUCUACCGAAAACUGAUUCCAUCUUAUCAGAUCCAACAGACCACUUGGGGAUUGAAUUCAUGGAGAGUGAAGAGAUUUAUCAGAGGCAGGUGCUGUCAAUUUCAUGUAUCAUCUUUGGAAUUAUCAUCGUGGGCAUGUUCUGUGCAGCUUUCUACUUCAAGAGCAAGAAACAAGCUAAGAAAAUCCAAGAGCAGCUGAAAGAACCUCAAUGUGGUAAAAGUUACAGCCUUAAAGCAUCCAGUACAAUGGCAAAGUCAGAGAACUUGAUGAAGAAUCAUGUCCAGCUACAAAAUUAUUCAAAGGCGGAAAGGCAUCCUGUGACUGCAUUGGAGAAAAUGAUGGAAUCAAGUUUUGCUGGCCCCCAGUCAUUCCCAGAGAUCCCUUCUCCCGACAGAGGAAGCCAAUCUGUCAAACACCACAGCAGGAGUCUCUCCUCUUGCUGCAGCCCAGGACAAAGGAGCGGUAUGCUCCACAGAAACACUUUCAGAAGGACUCCCCCCUCGCCCCGAAGUAGGCUGAGUGGAAUUGUGGGACCAGCAUAUCAACAACUUGAGGAAUCAAGGAUCCCAGACCAGGAUAUAGUACCUCGUCAAGGGAUAGAGGUCAGGAAGACUAUAUCCCACCUGCCUAUACAGCUGUGGUGUGUUGAAAGAUCCCUGGACUUAAAGUAUGCAUCCAGUGGUUUAAAAUCCCAACAAAAUGCAUCAAUAAAUAUGCAACUGCCUUCAAGAGAGACAAACUCUUAUUAUAAUAGCUUGGAUCAAAAGGACCUGGUGAGAUAUUCAUCCACAAGGGCCAGUUCUGUGCCCAUCAUCCCUUCAGUGGGUCUAGAGGAAACCUGCAUGCAAAUGCCAGGGAUUUCUGAAGUCAAAAGCAUCAAAUGGUGCAAAAACUCCUACUCUGCUGAUAUUGUCAACGUGAGUAUUCCAGUCAGCGAUUGUCUUAUAGCAGAACAACAAGAAGUGAAAAUAUUGCUAGAAACUGUCCAGGAGCAGAUCCGAAUUCUGACUGAUGCCAGACGGUCAGAAGACUACGAACUGGCCAGCGUAGAAAUCGAGGACAGUGCGAGUGAAAACACAGCCUUUCUCCCCCUGAGUCCCACGGCCAAAUCAGAACGAGAGGCACAAUUUGUCUUAAGAAACGAAAUACAAAGAGACUCUGCAUUGACCAAGUGACUUGAAAUGUAGGAAUCUGUGCAUUUUAUGCUUUGCUCAACAGGAAAGAGAGGAAAUUAAAUACAAAUUAUUUAUAUGCAUUAAUUUAAGAGCAUCUACUUAGAAGAAACCAAAUAGUCUAUCGCCCUCAUAUCAUAGUGUUUUUUAACAAAAUAUUUUUUUAAAGGGAAAGAAAUGUUUCCGGAGGGAUAAAGCUUAUGACUAAAGCUUUUGGGUAGAGUUCUGAAUACAAUUUCAGUUAAUUCCAACACCGUCCUUUUUUGGCUCUUCAAAAGAUGUGGGUAAUUCAGACCCGCAGACCCACAGCACGCAUCCUUAUUUUGAAAAGAAAAAUUAAAAAAAAAAAAAAACAACACUGGUGUUACCCAGUUUCUAAGAGACAAGCUCUAAUCUGAGGGUGAACGUGCCAGUGAGCAGACUGCCCUGGUCGUUUGGCUUGUCAAUCCCAACUCCUAAAUUUCUAUUCACUCAACAGCCUCAUUACAGGUUGUGUUAUGUCAACAAAUGUAGUGUUUUCUCUUUAUUUUUUAAAGGAUGGCACAAAGACUCUGGGAAGAAGAGAAGGAUAGGAGCUAGAGGAAAUAAUAAUGGAUAAUCUUAGCUACUUUAAUGUGCCAUCUUCCUCUGAAUUUGGAGGCACAGAAUCCGGAGGGAGUUAUGAAAUUCUUCUCGAAAUAAGACAAGAAAUCACAAUGUUGUGUCAUAGAAUCUUGCUAAUAGAAAUGUUUUCUUUAAGAUUGUUUAGGGGCUCUGAAAGAGCAUUCCUCAGUGGGUGUGUGCCUGUUGGUGUGCCUGUGCAAGUAUGUGUGUGUGUGUGUGUGUGAGAGAGAGAGAGAGAGAGAGAGAGAGAGAGAGAGAGAGAGAGAGAGAGAGUGUGUGUACGUAUGUGCACGUGUGUGUAUGGGCUUGCUCACUAGAGCACUGCUAUGCUGUAUGCAUAUUUGUUUCUUAUGAGUAUGUGUGUGCAUGUGUGUGUGUAUUAAGCUUGCUAAAAUUUGUUCUAAAACAUCAGGGAAUCUAAUAUUCAGAAAAAAAUUUUCCCUCUUAGAUCUGUUCACUUUAAAGUUUUGCGUUAAGUGUAAAGUUCAGUUAGUAAGUUCUAAAAACAAAUCACUUGCAUGGUGGGGUUCUAUGAAACUCUUGACAAAGUCUAGACCAUUUUCUGAUGUGAGUAUUUUUAAGAGGAACAACUAUUGGCCCAUUAAUGAUUAUUACAUGGCAAGUUGAGGAUGUGUGUUUAUUUUGACUCAUGCAAAAUUAACUUAAUUUUACAAGGCAGUUCUCAAAUUGACAGUUACCAUUUGCUUUCUCAUCAUCCUCAUUAUUCUUUCUUUCAUAGCAAGUCUACUAUGUGUGGACCAAAACAUUGGCUUCUGAGGUUAAUAUGAAAAUCAUAAAUUGUUGAAAUCACAAAGCCCAGACCAUUCAGUUCACAGGAAGCCCCUAAAAGAACAAUAAAUUGUGUUGUAUGUUCAUUUGGAAUAAAGCAAUAUUUUUACCACUGCUAAGGUGAACUGAAACUACUCCUGAAUAUUUGUCUGCUUUAUUUACCCUUAUCUUCAUGGGACAUUCAAGAAAUUAGUGUACACAUAGCCAGUCUUUUUCCAAUUAUUGGUGGUGUUGAGUUGUUAUAUUUACACUGUUUUAAAUAAAAAGGCACAGUAUUCGAAAGUAUCAAAAGAUUUCUUUUACUGCAGUUUGGCAAAAACUUGGUUAAAAUGUUCUCUUGGAGAAGUUAUAUUUUACUGAGAGGGAAUAUAAUUGUUUCUGAUUCAACAUUUCCUAUUUGAGUUAAAUUGUUUCUAUUGAAAAUCAUUGAAAAUCACAUUGAAUAUCACUCUUUAAGACCAUUUAUAUUAAUAGACAUAAUACCACAUAGAGAGAAAAAGAACAUUGAGUUUUUAUCAGCACUGUUCAGUGGAAAUAUGGGAUCUCAAGUGAUAAAAACAGCUUGGUAGAUACUCAUUUUAUAUUAAACAAAACAUUUCUGGUAUUAGUUGUUUCAUAAUAGUUUUGUUAUUUUGAAGAUUAUUAGAAUCUUAAAGGUCAUUUUAAUUUUAAUCGUCAAGGAUAUUUUAAUUUACAGGUUUAUGAAAGUCCCAUAAAUUAUGUAUCCAAUGUUACUGUAUGAAAAUUUAUCACAAUUAUUGAACAUUAACUGGAAAAACUACAAUUUUGUUCAAGUCAUUCUCUUUUUCGGGCUAUUUAUUUAACAUAUUAUCUAUUGUUUUAUCUAAAAGAUUCAUUCAGAAUUUACCUAAUUAUAAAGUUACAUGUUCUGUGAUUGUUUGAUUUUCUGUUUGAUUUUCAGUUAUUUACUCUAAACAAUGAAAUAUUGUCAAUCUAACUUAAGUACUGUUAUAAUUAUUUAUUUUUAAAGUAGGGUCAUAUGUAAUUAUAAAUACCAUUGUAUUCUGAAGAGCAUGAACAUUGGAUAAAUCCAAAGGUGGUCAGGUACUAGUUUAGAGAUAUUGAUAUUUUCUAGUUGAUAGUCAAGAAAAGCAAUAUUCAUUGGUCAUUGUAUCCUCUGUGAAAAAAGUUCAAGCUCAAAUGAACAUAUUUGGACAUCAGUUGAUAAAUCUUGAUAGCAAGACUUUCCAAGUUGACUUAACACACAAAUCUCUAGAGCCAUCUGUAUCUCAUCUCCCAAGCUGAUUUGUCUACAGAAAUGAGCUUAUUUCUACAAAACACCUUUGAUUUUUCUCCAUAUCUCUUGUCUUUAUUAUUUGAACAUUUGGAUAUGUAUAAUUAAGUUACAUAUCCAUAUAUCAGUUAUAUAACAGUAUAUUACAGCAGUAUAUAUUUUUUAUAAAAGUAUAUUUUUUUCGUAAAACACAUGUUAUUCUAAUUUGCCACCGACUGCUAUGAAACAAUGUUUAAAACAUUCCAUUUUAAUUUUACUCUUGAGAAAUGAUACAAUGAUGUUGGAGUGUUGGCAUUCAGAUUUUCUUCCUGAUUUUCCUAUGCACAUUAAGUGCUCUGUUUUGUGCUCUAAUCUACCUUUCUCUGUGCUAAAGGACUAAGUAUUUGUAAAUUUAACACAUCUCUCAAUGAAUUACAUCAACUCUAAGUACCAAUAGCAAGCUUUUCUGGAGGAGGAGUAAUGUUAUUUUUAGGACCAAUAGUUUGAUCAUAAUAAUGUGUCAUAUCUACCAAAAUGAAAACAGAAGGACCAAGCUAACUUGGCCGAGAAAAUGUCCACAUGCACUGGGAGAAAAAGAGAGCUUCAAAUCUUAGUGGCGCUUCUGGUGACCCUGGCUAAGGCUGUCCAUACCCAAGUAUUCAUCAGGAUACUUGGGAUGUAUUCAACAGUCACUCACACCUGUCCCACAGUUUGGUGCUAUCUGAAACCAUGACUCCCUCAGUGGGAGGUUUGGUGUUCCUUUUAAUACCAGCCCUAGAGACCAGAAAUUGCUCCCUGAGAUAAGUGCUGUGAAACAAUUCCCAAAAGAGGAUCUAAUAGACCUGGCAACCCAGUAGGAGGGAUGGGAUUUUUAUUUGAUCUUUUGGUAUCCAGAAAUAUUUUAUAUAUAAAGAAAACUUUUUUAUUCUUCUUCAAUUGUAUAUAUUCAGUCGAGUGUAUUCAACGACAGCACAUCUAUGCUGUUUUGUACUUCAGUCUUCAGAAAUUCAGUCUUCAUCCAGCAAAGACCAGCAAAAUGUUUCUGGGCGACUCAGUUUUAAAUGCAUCUCAAUGUGUCAUGGGAAAUGAGGCCUUUAAACAAGCUUUAUCUCUUCCUCGUGUAGUCUUUCUUCCCUUUAAAGAAAUAAAGAGGGCAAAGGAAGAAAUUCAUUUCUUAAGAGCCACGUUAUUCUCUUCUAAUAACCUUAUUUCCUACUGUGACUUGACAUAUACACAUAUACAUAUAUAAACACGUGUAUACAUAAAAUAUAUGUACAUAUUAAAUUUGGGUGUUUGAUUAUUUGCAUAGUUUUAUUUUUGUUUAAUUUAAUAAACAGUCAUGUGAUUGCCUCAUGGAA